GACCAUAGACAAACAAAGUUGACCGAAGUACUAAUACAGUACGCAUCUGAUCUCACUGGCAUCUGAAUCCUCGUCGCUGCAAAUGUAGGCUUUAUAACCUUGCCUGACUCGGAUUAUCCCCCGCGACGCACGAGCGUCGAGAGUUGAGUUUGGAGUGAGGACUCGGAUUGGGAACACACAUCCUCGAGGUCGCCUUGUACCAUUAUCAAGUGGUCGAAAUCCCCUGACUCAAUAUCUCUGAAUAAGCGGGACGUCGACCUGCGUUGGUCAUGGUGUCAUGGUCAUAUCUGCUCGCUGUUUGUGUACCUCUUCAACCUCUUGUACAGAAACUACACUCACGAAAAGGACGACGAGCUCGAAAUUCAAAGAUCGCUCCCGGGUCAGCGCUUUCACUGGCACGGAGUCCGUCUCCGACCGUGCUAAUACCUGGACCGGUGCCCUUACAAAGCCACCAGGAUCUCAUCUUGGUCCACCGCAUCAAGAAACAGCAGCACGGUCAUCCGAGUGGGGAUAGUAUUAGAUAAUAGAUGCUUUGGCGAAACGCUCGACUUUUCAUGUCCGAGCGGGACCCCGACAAGGAGAGAGCUGGAAGACGACCGUGACUUGAUCGUCCUUCCAGUCUCUCCUUGACCUUAUUUUCUUUAAUGUCAUUGUUUGUUUUUUCGGUUCUGCCUUUCGUUCUCC